GAGGCGGUGCCGAGGCGGCUGCUGCCGGUGGCGGCGGUGCCGGGGCUCCGGGACACAAUGGGAGGCGGCCGUGGGGCGGCGGAGGGCCGCUGAGGAACCCCCCCUCCCCCCCCGCCCUGCGCGCCAUGGCCGCCGCGGCCGAGCUCUUCGAGGAGCCUUUUGUGGCAGAUGAAUACAUUGAGCGCCUGGCAUGGAGGACACCUGGAGGAGGUUCCAGAGGUGGAGAAGCUUUUGAUCCAAAAAGAUUAUUGGAAGAAUUUGUAAAUCACAUCCAAGAAUUACAGGUAAUGGAUGAAAGGAUUCAGAGAAAGGUGGAGAAACUCGAACAGCAAUGCCAGAAGGAAGCAAAGGAAUUUGCCAAGAAAGUACAAGAGCUGCAGAAGAGCAACCAGGUUGCCUUCCAACAUUUCCAAGAGCUGGACGAGCACAUCAGCUAUGUAGCAACUAAGGUCUGUCACCUUGGAGACCAACUGGAGGGGGUAAACACGCCACGGCAACGGGCUGUGGAGGCUCAGAAGCUGAUGAAAUACUUUAAUGAGUUUCUGGAUGGAGAGCUGAAGUCUGAUGUUUUUACAAACUCUGAAAAGAUUAAAGAGGCAGCUGAUAUUAUUCAGAAACUGCAUUUGAUUGCACAGGAACUACCUUUUGACAGGUUUUCUGAAGUAAAAUCGAAGAUAGCAAGUAAGUACCACGAUUUAGAGUGCCAGCUAAUUCAAGAGUUUACCAGUGCACAGCGGAGAGGUGAAAUCUCCAGAAUGAGAGAAGUAGCAGCAGUCUUGCUUCAUUUUAAGGGCUAUUCCCAUUGUGUUGAUGUGUACAUAAAACAGUGUCAAGAGGGUGCAUUCCUGAGGAAUGAUGUGUUUGAAGAUGCAGCCAUUCUCUGCCAACGAGUGAAUAAGCAAGUUGGAGAAGUCUUUAGCAAUCCAGAGACCGUGCUAGCCAAACUCAUUCAAAAUAUCUUUGAAGUUAAACUUCAGAUUUAUGUAAAGGACCAGCUAGAAGAACACAGGAAAUCAGAUGCAGAGCAGUAUCUUAAGAAUCUCUACGAUCUGUAUACAAGAACUACUAAUCUUUCAAGCAAAUUGAUGGAAUUUAACUUGGGUACUGAUAAGCAGACUUUCUUGUCUAAGCUUAUCAAAUCCAUUUUCAUUUCCUACUUGGAGAAUUACAUUGAGGUGGAAAUUGGUUAUCUGAAAAGUAGGAGCGCUAUGAUUCUGCAACGCUAUUAUGAUUCCAAAAACCACCAGAAGAGGUCUAUUGGCACUGGAGGUAUUCAAGACCUCAAAGAGAGAAUAAGGCAACGUACAAACUUGCCGUUGGGGCCGAGUAUUGAUACCCAUGGAGAAACCUUUCUCUCACAAGAAGUGGUGGUUAACCUUUUGCAAGAAACUAAACAAGCCUUUGAAAGAUGUCACAGGCUCUCUGAUCCAUCUGACUUACCGAAGAAUGCUUUCAGAAUUUUUUCUAUGCUUGUAGAAUUCUUAUGUACUGAACACAUAGAUUAUGCAUUAGAAACAGGCCUUGCUGGCAUUCCCUCUUCUGAUUCAAAGAACGCAAAUCUUUAUUUCUUGGAUGUUGUCCACCAGGCCAAUACUAUUUUCCAUUUAUUUGAUAAGCAGUUCAAUGAUCAUCUAAUGCCAUUAAUCAGUUCUUCUCCUAAAUUGUCUGAAUGCCUUCAGAAGAAAAAGGACAUCAUAGAACAAAUGGAAGUGAAGCUGGACAUGGGCAUUGAUAGGACGCUGAAUUGUAUGAUUGGACAGAUGAAACACAUCUUGGCUGCAGAGCAAAAGAAGACAGAUUUUAAACCAGAAGAUGAAAACAAUGUUUUGAUUCAAUAUACUAAUGCUUGCGUUAAAGUCUGCAGCUAUGUCAGAAAGCAGGUGGAAAAGAUUAGGAAUUCUAUGGAUGGUAAGAAUGUGGACACAGUUUUGAUGGAGCUUGGAGUUCGUUUUCAUCGACUCAUCUAUGAACACCUACAGCAAUAUUCCUACAGUUGCAUGGGAGGCAUGUUGGCUAUUUGUGAUGUGGCUGAAUAUAGGAAGUGUGCCAAAGACUUCAAGAUUGCACUGGUGUUACAGCUCUUUGAUACUUUGCAUGCACUUUGCAACCUUCUGGUUGUAGCCCCGGAUAACUUAAAGCAAGUUUGCUCAGGAGAACAACUUGCUAAUCUGGACAAGAACAUCCUUCACUCCUUUGUUCAGCUGCGUGUUGAUUAUAGGUCUGCUCGUCUUGCUCGUCACUUCAGCUGAGAGCAUGGAAUGAAACAUUGUACCUUUGGGCAGUCCUCAGUUAGAAAGCACAGGGAAUGAUUUCUUACCAAACCAUGGUUGUAACUUUUGUGGGAUAAUGACUGUUCAGACUAAAACAGCAGCCAUAUUUAGACAUGACGAUGUAGAAUACGAGCAGGUAAAAAUCAGAAUGAUAGUUCAUGUAACCUAAAGUUCUCCCACUGAUGAAUUUUUGCAAAACUACUUGCUACUGUUUGUUUUUUUUUAUUGGAAAUGUUGUGGGAAAGCAAGUGGUACAUUGGAAGUAUUUUAGUCUUCAAUAUUGAAUUAUCAGACACCAUUUGUUAGACUUGAACUACAGAGCAUAGCGUAGGUAAUGGAUUACAUAGAAUAGACCACUGUAAAAACAUUCUUCAUCAAUUUUAAUGACUUGGACUUCAGCACAGCUAAUCAUAAUCAAAUUAUCUUUGAUUGGUGUUUCUAAGCCAUUUCUUUCAUUUAAAAUGUUAUCCUGCUCAAUGUAAUUUCUUGCUCUAAUUAAUUAGUUUGGAAUUUCUUUGAGAUGUAGAAGUGAAAGGAACGCUAUCCCAGAAAGAUGUAAUUUAUUCAUUGUGUAGCAUCCUAAACAGAACUAAAGUGGUGAAAAGAUUUUUAAUUUUUUUUUGUACCUAACAGUCAAGGGCCCACUGGGAUAUAUUGUAGUUGUGACAUUCUUGUUUCUGUUUGUUUGAUAUUGGCACACUGAAUUUUAUAUAUGCUUCUAAAGUAAAUGCGGCUGCCUUGUCAAAUGCGUUCUUGCUACAAGGCAAAGGUUCACAUGUUUGGGUUAAUACAACUUUUUCCUGUCUCUUGUUUUGUAUGUAAAUAAAUUCAGAUUAUAACAAGUGAAAGGAUAAAAUGUAGCCCAACUGUUCAUUUGUAUGUGGGAGGAACGGACGGCAGCUCUAGCAAAAAACCUAAAGGUAAAAUUUCUUGUGCUGAAGAUAAUUGAUCCUCAGUGCUUGAGCAAUAUGAAAUGGUGAAGUGUGCAAAAGCUUCUCUUCCACUGCUCUUAAUUUCAAUAUUGGAGACAGACUACUUUUAGGUCAGUUAUGUUCCAGCACUUGUUGAAGGUGCUUCUGAGAUGGACCCAGAGCAUGCAUAUAGUAAACUGAAGCAAUGGUGUUGUUUGAAACGUUUGGGGUGGCUUUUCCACAAACAGUUGAAAAUUAUUGUGAAUAGACCUUUGUUCAGAAUAAGCUCAUGUGGAAAAUGGGUUGGAACCGCUGUGGUUUGUGUCUUCAGCCUGACUUGCAUCAUCCUUGAACAGAUAAUCUGUAACACUUCGUUUUAUUUCUACAGUGGGCUCAGCAUAUAUUAUGAAAACUUCUUUCUUUCCCAUUGUUAGAGCAGCAUUUCUAUAAAUUUACUUUAUUGGCUGGUCAAAUAAAAUUAUUUUCGUCUUUUGUUAAUGACUUCCCAGGUGUAGUCAAUAUUGACAGACUUGUGUGGAACUUCUCUUGGUUAGCUGAGUUUCUUCUGCUUCAUUUUAUAUUUAGCAGAGCAUUAUAUCGGUAAACAAGAGAAUGGGUGCCAGACUUUCUCAAAGUAUUCUGUGAGACUGGCUGCUUUGUUGAGCUGCGUAGCUCUGUUCCUUGGCCAUGGCAGAGCCACAAAGAGGUUUGGACACUGGAGGAGGCACAUGCUUGCACUGCUGCCAUUUUUUUUUUCAAAAGCUCUGAUGUGAAUUCAGAUGAUACCUCUCUUACCUCUGUAACUGAAAGCCAACAAUUUUAAGGCUGUGGUUUUAUUAACCAAUACAAAAUCUUUCUACAAAAAGUGUCAAUUUGUAAUAAAGACUUAAGAACAAUGAACAUCAUUGUAAGAUUGCAGAUCACAGAAGUGCUUCAGAAUUUGUUGUAUGAUUGUUUUAUUUUAAGGUUGUAUGAAAUGUAUUUACCAUAUUUCUUGCUUUAUUAGCUGUGUUUCCCAUGCAUAUGCUCAGUGCAAUAUUUUCAUUAUGCCUGUUAACAGGAGGCGGCAUAAAGUAGGUGAAUACUUAAAAACGUAGAUAUGUAAACUCUUCCUCAAUAAAAAGAAUUUGCUCCAGAUACUUUUUUCAUUUCAUUUCCACGUUCUACAAAUAUCUUUAUACUCAAUUGUAAAAAACCCUUCUAUUUAAAAAUAAAACAAAAAAAGAAUAAAAGUAACUUUACUGACCAAA